GAAAAAAUUUAUUUUUGGCUCAUUUUCAAUAACAAGUACAAAUAGUAAAAAAAAAUGUCGGAACAAAACGAAUUACCAACUGGCGAGGUUAACUUCGAUUGUCGUCUGGAAUCGGAGCAAAAGUUUAAUGCACUGGAUGUAAAGCCAUUACAAAAACCCGUGAAUAAUAUUACUUUCGAUUGUCCGGAUCCGAUAUUGACGCCGUUUGUCAAUAAACCAGUCGAAGUCAAACAGAGCACCAAUGUGGGGGAGUUUAAUGAGUUCAGUUGCAGCUCACAGGCACCUACUAUAGAAGCCGAGUUAGACUUGACACAAGCCAAGAUAAGGCUCGACACAUUGACACCUGGAGCCGCCCUCGAUCUAAUGCCGGAGAAGUUGAACUUUGACGAGUUGUUUGGAUUCGAGUCAGCGGCAGUUGACACUACACCGGUGGCAGAAAAGAGAAGGAUGGUCCAUGAAGUGAACAUUGUCGAGGAAGAGCUGCCAAAAGUGGAAACCAUUUUUGCUUCGGAGAUUGAAGAGUCUGGUGGUGGGGAUGCGGUCUGUGGCCCAGCAGAGAAAAGCCAUUUCUUACCAAAUGUAGAGCUGGAGGGGUGCAAAGUUAAAGACGACGAGCUAAUUGCCAAUGAGGCAAAGGAAGUUUCAAAGCGCGAUGCCAUCGAAGCGUCGCAAGUUCAACUUAAGCCUAACAUUGCGGAUCCAAAGCCUAUAUUAAGACGUCCCUUAAGCCUUUUUAGUACUUUUUUUACGGCAAAGGCAUUGAUACAACCAAGCAUGCGACAAAGCUUUGGCGAUAAAGUGCAUCGGGAUUCGGCAACCGACUGCAGAUCAUCUUCAUCGUUGAGCUCUCUGAAUGCACCUGUGCAUCCUGCAUUGGCUUUCCGAAGUGCGUCUCAAUCAUCCACUGCGCCUAGAAAAAUUUACGGUGUGACUCAGAAGUGCAUAGGAAUGUCUGCGAAGAGCCCGGCCACAAAUGGAGCCUUUCGGCUAGUGAACAAACGAGCUCCAGGAACCGCUGUGCUUAUUCCUCAUCCUAUUUUACACAUUCUGAAGACGAAACCACUUUCGACGCUUAUGGUGCAACCUCCAGCGGAAAAGGAGUCUCUUGAGCUAAAAGAAAUAUCCGAUUCCGAAAUAGAUGGCGAACAUAAAGAAAUCUCAGCUUCAAUCAAAUGUGCUCGGGAUAUGCAAGAACCAAAACAGAAAAAUACUCGUGCAACUGAAGUGUUUACAUGCGCGAAUUCAAAAGAAAACCCCCUUCAUAAGAAGGAUGUGACGGUACCGGAGCAUAAAAAUGGUCAAAAAACUAAAAAGCUUAGAAAUGUGAACUUGAAGGAAGAGAUAAAUCCCUCCCCAAAAGAAGCCAAGAACAGUGAAUUGAGGAACGUGAAAAAGAGGUCUGCCAAAUUGUCUGGUAGAAUUAGCGCUCACGAAAUUGUAGAAAAUGGAGAGCUGAUUUUCGAGAAGUUUAGCAAAUUAUAUUUCUUCAACAACUAUAAGGAGUGGAUAAAGAGAGGUGAAGGAAAGACGCAGAUUUGGCAAAUGGCAGCAUCCAAUAGGUAUUUCGUACUCAUGUGGGACCUUAAAAGUGGCGAAUUGCUUCUGCAUACAGAACUUCACGACACUUUCAAGCUAGAAUUCAAGGGCGACAAUUCUAGUAGCUGCAUCUGUGCGGAACAAAACUUUGCCAAAUCACCGAAUGGUAUCUUGGAACGUUUGGCUUGCCGCUUCCAGAAGCACGAAACAGCAGUUGAUUUCCUAAAGACUGUUAAAGGAUGCCUUGCCACACGAAGCGAGCUGAAUUAAUGGAAAUGUUGCCCCAUUCUUUGCCAAAUUGAAAUAAUUGAAUUGAAUUGAAAUGUUCGGAAAGUUUUGCCAACAUACUUACAGGAAUCACCGCAAACAACAAAAUUGUAAUUAUGUUUUGAAUGAGUUCUUGGCAAAAUUAAAUUAGCUUAAGUGGAAGGAAAUGGUACGACCAAGUUAUAAAAUUUUCAAAGAUUUAAAUGUUUUGUAGAUUGAAAACAACAGUGGGUUAAUUCGUUUCAUUAGCUGACUCUUUUUCAAGGACGUUUAUUUUCUUUUUUUGUGAAAUAAAAUUUGCUGACCGGCAUGGAAAGUUCUCUUCAGAUUGGAGCGGCGUGAUUUGAAAGUGAUAUCUAAUUCCCUGAUGUUAUUAUUUUUGUAAUGGCUACAACACUAUUUGAAAUUGAAGCAACUGAACUACGGUUUUAAGGAGUUACUUGUAAAUAUAUGAACCGAGAUUUUGAAAUAAUUGCUGGCCAAAUUAAAUGAGGUUGUUGAUUCAAGCAAUAAGCUGACUUUUUUACGCUUUUCUUGUCACAGAAAAGGAGCAAAAAUGUUUAAAGUCACGUUUAUGUAAUUUUCCAGGAGUUGGAUGGAAGAGCCGUUUUUAAAACUUCCUCGUCAAAUUCAAUGAACUGUAGAGUGUGUUACAUCGCAGUUCAAUUUAAAAAUGAGAAAAUGCGUACAAAUUCCAGACAAUAUCCCUAUGCACAUAUUAUCAGUGUUAUGGGCCGUGGUCAUUAUCAUUAAAAUUAUUGUUAUAACUUGCGAAAUUAUUUUGAAAAAAUGUUACCAAAUAUAUAAUACAGUGUUAUUCUCCGUGAACAAAA